AUGUUUGACGAAGCUAUCGGUAUUUUCUACAAGACGAAAGAUGCACCUCCUGAUAUAAAGGCAUUUAAUUUUCUGAUGAACCGUAUGAUUGCUUCUGGAGAAAACAUUUUGGCCGUGUCUAGUUUCUGGCAAAUAGCUCGGUCCGUGGAGGGGUUGGAUGUGGAUGAACAUACUUAUGUGCUUUUGGUUAAGGCAUAUCGUAGAGUGGUCUGCGGUUUAUGCAAUGAGAUGAAAAUAGACGCUGCUGAAAAAGUUUUCCUUGACAUGGAAAAACUCCUUCAGUGCUAUUGUCAGAUGGGCAAGUUCUCGGAAGCUUAUGAUUUGUUUAAAGAGUUUAGAGACAUGAACAUUUCUCUUGAUAGGGUUUGCUACAAUGUUGCAAUGGAUGCUUUGGGAAAGCUUGGCAAAGUAGAAGAAGCUAUUGAGUUGUUCCGAGAAAUGACAGGUAAAGGAAUAGCUCCUGAUGUUGUCAACUACACGACUUUGAUAGAUGGUUGCUGUCGUCUACAAAGUAAAUGUUCUGUUGCCUUUGAUUUGAUGAUUGAAAUGGAAGAAACAGGUAAAACACCUGAUAUUGUCAUAUAUAACGUACUCGCCGGUGGACUUGCUUGGUAUGGUCUUGCAGAAGAGGCAUUCGAAACUCUAAAACUAAUGGAAGCUCGCGGUGUAGAGCCCACUUCUGUUACACACAACUUGGUCAUCGAAGGCCUGAUUGUUGCAGGUAAAGUAGACGAGGCUAAAGCUUUCUAUGAAAAUAUGGAACAUAAAUCUCGGGAUUUCGAUGUAAGUAUGGUAAAAAGUCAUUGUAAAGCUGGCCGUCUUGAUCAGGCCUUUGAACGAUUCAUUAGACUGGAAUUACCUCUGUCCAAGAAUGUGUAUUUCACACUAUUCGCCGAGAAGGAUUAUAUCAGCAAAGCUCAAGAAUUACUGGAAAGAAUGUGGGAACUUGGAGUUGAACCUAAGAAGAGCAUGUAUCGAACGUUAAUUGGUGCUUGGUGUAAAGUUGAUAAUGUGAGAAAAGUCCGGCAGUUUUUUAAAGAUUUAGUUGCUAAAGGGAUUAUCCCUGAUGUGUACACUUACACAAUCUUGAUUAACACGUAUUGCCGGUUAAACGAGCUGAAAGAAGCCUAUGCUCUUUUUAAAGAUAUGAAGAGGAGAGGAAUCAAACCUGAUGUUGUAACAUACACAGUAUUGCUCAAUAGUAAUCCGGAGUUGGAUAUGAAAAGGGAAAUGAAAGCCCUUGAUGUUAAACCAGACGUUGUCUACUACACGGUUUUGAUUGAUCAACAAUGCAAGAUUGGGGAUAUGCAAGAGGCGGAAAGGAUCUUUGAUGAAAUGAUUGAAAAUGGGUUGAAACCUGAUGUGAAGCCUUACACAGCACUAAUAGUUGGUUGUUGUAGAAGUGGUUAUGUACAUAAGGCGGUCACACUUGUGAAAGAGAUGUCGAAAAAGAGGAUUGAGCCGACUGCAGCUUCCCUGUCUGCAGUAAGCUAUGCUAUAUUAAAGGCCAAGAGACUCCGAUCUCGACAAUGA